AUAGCCCUCUUCAUCGGAAAAUAAAAAAAGAAAAAGAAAAAGUUAAAAAGAAACUGUAGUAGAUACAAAAGAAGAAAAUUAUUUCCCAAUACUAACUGCUCAACACACUGAUCACUCACUCCCCCUCUCUCUCUCUCUCUCUCUCUCUACACUACUCUCUCUCUAUCAACAUAAUGCAAAGGCAAUCUCUAGGCUCGCCGGUGUCUAAGCUCCACAGCCAUGGCGGCCCGAAGGAGGACUCACUCGUAGUGGAGGACGGCGACGUUAAGCGCAAGGAUCUCUUUGCCUCUUCUUCUUCUAUCGUCGACUACGAUAAGGACAACCACAAAGCCACCAAGCCUCAUCACCGCUUGUCCUCUCCUCCUCCGAUCAAGCCACACAAGUUCAUCCACUUCAUUCCUCUCCUCACGCUCCUUUGCUUCUUCGUUCUAUUCCUCUUCUCCCACAGUCCGUCCCAAUCCGAUAUGGCUCCAUUCAUAGGAUUCAAAUGGCCUGCGAAGCAUCUAGACUCUGCAGAAAACUCCAUUUACGAAAUCGGCCAAUUUACGGAGGUUCACAAGGGCGAUAUUUUGGCGAUUCGAAGCCUCAGAAACUUGCAGGAGAUCCAAAAACUCGCCCCGAAAUCUCGCUCCCACCGAAAAUUUGCCGAUUUUUAAGCCGCAUUUUUUUGUCUGGUUAUCUUCUCUGUUCUAUCUACUCUAGUCUUCCGUUCCGCCCGUUUCUUCCUCCCCAAGCCCCCAGCAGCUCCACCAGUGGGAACUCGCACGUGCACGGCCUCUACUCUCUUCUCAUUCUUUUCGCACUGUACAUCAAAUUUGUUUUAUUUUUCUGGAAAAUGUCCCAAAAAAAUUACGGAAAUAAUAUAUACAGCUAGAUGUGGAUAAAUUUUAUAACCUUUUCUGCGAAUACCGUACGCUGUAUGACUGAGCCUCGGGGAAAUUUUUUAAUGCAAAACAGCUGGAUGGACCGUUAAUGCACCUCGAACGUUGGGUUUUUUCUUUUUAUUAUGCCAGCCUGGCGAUGAUGGUACCAGGUUCUUGAUAGAUUAGUAUCAUGGCUGUGAUCUUCAUAGGGUGCACAGAUUUUCCGUGCUACCGAUCUUAGCUGCUUCCACGUUAUUCCACAUUACUCCAUUCAAUACUUAAUUUGUUUCUUGUUUUAUAGAAUUAUUAUUGUUUCUAAUAUUUUUGUCGCCAGCUUCUAUAAUAGCCCAUUCGGAAGAAUAAAGAUUUUUAUUUGUUUUUUAGAGACAACUUCCGAAUUAAGAAUUAUUCAUCGUUUUUCUUUUUCUUUUAAAUACAAUGUAACAAUGGAUAUGUAGAUACCCUCCAGCCAACGAGUAAAUAUAGAUUAAGUUAUAUUA